AUGACGCGCUUGCCCGCAGAGGCGCUAGUCCUCAAGGAAGGCGGUGCAGCCACGGAGAAAGGGGGAGCGGCCAAAGGGCGGCCGCACGUGCCUGCCUCGGGCGGAGCGCCGAGCCUCAGCCAAUCGCAGCGGAGCAUCCUCAUCAUCCUCAUGGAGCGCUCGGGCGGCUCCCUCCGGCCAGGCCCGGGUCCUCUACCCAAAGGGCUGCUGGGCCGGCGCGGGACCACCGGAGCGGCCUCAGGCGGCGGCGGCGCUGGGGUCGGCAGCGGAGGAGGAGGAGGCCAAUUGCUGGAAGAGGAAGGACGGCUGGGCUGGGGAGGACAGAUGCUGACGGAGGACCACUUGUACCAGGAUGGAGAACUGAGCGCCUCUGGCUCUUUCUGCAGCCGCUGCAGGAACGUGGCCCAGCAGGAUUUGCACAGAGGGCCUAUGAGAUACAGUAUACGCUUGGCUGCCCUCCGGUUUUGCACGAUCCCCCAAACGCCAAGAGCAGCGGCGCGCCCGACUGCCAGCAUCAACAAGGCCAUUAAUGCUCAGGAAGUCGCUGUCAAAGAAAAGCAUGCCAGAACCUGCAUCUUGGGAACGCACCACGAGAAGGGAGCUCACACCUUCUGGUCCGUGGUGAACCGCCUGCCCCUCUCCAGCAACGCCAUCCUCUGCUGGAAGUUCUGCCACGUCUUCCACAAGCUGCUCCGUGACGGACACCCGAAUGUCCUGAAGGACUCCGUGAGAUACAAGAGUGAGCUGAGCGACAUGGGCCGGAUGUGGGGCCACCUGAGCGAGGGCUACGGGCAGCUGUGCAGCAUCUACCUCAAACUGCUGAGAACCAAGAUGGAGUUCCACAUGAAGAACCCCCGGUUCCCUGGGAACCUCCAGAUGUCAGACCGGCAGCUGGAUGAGACCGGAGAGAAUGAUGUGAACAACUUUUUCCAGCUCACUGUGGAGAUGUUUGAUUACCUGGACUGCGAGCUGUCCCUCUUCCAGACAGUGUUUGGCUCUUUGGACAUGUCUCGCUCAGUGUCGGUCACUGCGGCCGGGCAGUGCCGCUUGGCCCCCUUGAUCCAGGUCAUCCUUGACUGCAGCCACCUCUACGACUACACCGUGAAGCUGCUCUUCAAGCUCCACUCUUGCCUCCCAGCGGACACACUCCAAGGUCACAGGGAUCGUUUCUUGGAGCAGUUCAAGAAGCUGAAGGACCUUUUCUAUCGCUCCAGCAACCUGCAGUAUUUCAAGCGGCUGAUCCAGAUCCCACAACUGCCCGAGAAUCCCCCCAACUUCCUAAGGGCCUCUGCCCUUUCGGAGCACAUCAGCCCCGUGGUGGUCAUCCCGGUGGAAGCCUCGUCCCCCGACAGUGAGCCCAUCAUGGACCUGGUAGAGAUGGAAACGUCUUCACAGCAGAGUCUCUUUGACAACAAAUUUGACGACAUCUUUGGCAGUUCCUUCAGCAGUGACCCGUUCAACUUUAACAGCCAGAAUGGGAUGGCCAGAGAUGACAAGGACCGGCUCAUUGAGCAGCUGCACCGGGAGCUCAGCAGCCUGCAGGAGGAGCUGCAGAAUUUCAAGGCGGAGGUGAUUGCAAAGCCCUUCCCACUCCUGGGGUGCCUUUUUGGAGGGGCGGGAAGCCGAGGCCUUCACUGGUGGCUCCAGGGCCCCCCAAGCCGCUGCCCUAGUGGCGGAAAAGCACAAGCCACAGAGCAGCGUUACACAAAGCUGAAAGAGAAGUACAGCGAGCUGGUCCGGAACCACGCAGACCUUCUGCGCAAGAAUGCCGAAGUGACCAAGCAGGUGACGGUGGCCCGGCAAGUCCAGGGAGAUGCCGAGCGGGACCAGAAGGAGCUGAAGGAUUCCUUGCACCGCUUGACGGAGCAGGCCCAGCGGAAGAACCAGGAGCAGACAGAAGUCCUGGAGUCCUUGAGGAGGGAGCUUCUGGCCAGCAAGCAGGAACUUCAGACCCUGCGAAGCACAGUGGAGUCUAGUGCUCAGUCGGAAGCCGAACACGGCGCCCUUCUGGCCGGUCUGCAGCAGGAGAAGGCCACCCUCGCCGAGACCUUAGUCCAGCGCGACCAGCAGGUGGUGGCCUUGCAGGUGGAAGUCCAGCAGCUCAAGGUGGAGCUUGAGAGCACCGCUGAGAGCAGCUGUCAGGUGGCGCAGGAGCUGCAGAGCCACCUAGGAGAGAAGGACGGCACGAUUCAGGACCUCCGGCAGCAGCAGCUGGACAAGUCAUUGGCCCUCCUGCGCUGUGCCGUGGGGCAGGCUGAGCACAUGGUGCAGGACGCCGUCCAGCGGCUGGAGGACCCCACCCACGUCGGCUGCACGAGUUCAGCAGAUUACCUCCUGUCCAGGACACAGGCCGCUUCAGAGUGCACGGAGCAGCUGCAGGAGGCGUGCAGGCACUUCCUCUCCGACCAGUCAGAUGUGAGCGGCCUUCUGUCCUGCGUGGGUCUCUUUGCCCACCUGGUGGGCGACGCUAUCGUGCAAGCAAGCGCCACCUCGCACACAGCCCCCAUGGAGUCUGCUGACCGGCUCCUGGAGGCUGGGAGGCAGUGUGGGACCGAGGCCCUCAGCUACCUGGGGGCUCUGAAGGACAAGGCCUCCUUAGAAGAUGCCGACGGCGCGGCCGUCCAGACCUGCCUCAAACGGAUCACGGCCAUUGGAGAGGAGCUGCUCCCCAAAGGCCUCGAUGUUGAGCAAGAGAAACUGGGGGACCUGGUGGAUCAGGAGAUGGCCUCCACAGCCGCGGCCAUUGAGACAGCAGUGGCCAGGAUUGAGGAGAUGCUGAGCAAGUCGCGGGCGGGGGACACGGGCGUCAAACUGGAGGUCAACGAAAGGAUCCUGGGUUCUUGCACAGACUUAAUGCAGGCCAUCCAGAUCCUGGUCUUGGCCUCCAAAGACCUCCAGCGAGAGAUCGUGGAGAGCGGGAGGGGAGCCGCCUCCCCCAAGGAGUUUUACGCCAGGAACUCGCGUUGGACAGAGGGUCUGAUCUCGGCGUCCAAGGCAGUGGGCUGGGGAGCCACGGUGAUGGUAGAUGCCGCCGACCUUGUCGUCCAGGGCAAAGGGAAGUUUGAGGAACUGAUGGUCUGCUCGCACGAAAUCGCCGCCAGCACCGCUCAGCUGGUGGCUGCUUCUAAGGUGAAAGCCGAUAAAGACAGCACAAACCUCAGGCAGCUUCAGGUCGCCUCUCGGGGGGUCAACCAAGCCACUGCCAAGGUGGUGGCUUCUACGAAGUCAGGGAAGUCGCAAAUCCAGGAGACAGACAGCAUGGACUUCUCUGCCGUGACACUGACGCAGAUCAAGCGCCAAGAGAUGGACUCCCAGGUGCGAGUUUUGGAGCUGGAGAGCCAGCUGCAGAAGGAGCGUCAGCGGCUCGGCGACCUGCGCAAGAAGCACUACGAACUGGCCGGCGUGGCCGAGGGCUGGGAGGAGAACGGUGCAGAAUUUGCUCCCUAAGGAAGCAGCCAGCGCAGACAGACCUUCCGCUGGGGCAGCUCCUUCCAGAGACCAGACGGUGAACUGGUUCGAAACCUACCGCAAAGCCUGUGCUUACAAAGACGACGUUCCUUCGGGGCUGGCUGGGGCCAGGCUCCCUGCUGGCCGAGAAGGCAGCGUCAGAGACUCGGGGCUGGGGAGGGGGGGGAGGGAGGGAGGCACCCCCGGCAGCAGUAGCUGCUGUAGCAGCAUCGGUCACUCUUGCCCCAGCGUUGCCUACGGUCGCCCCGAGAGCCCAGCCCUGCUCCGGCGAGUGCUGUGCCACCUUGGCAGCCCCCCGGCUCAGCUCGCAUCCUGCUCUUCCCUCCCUCCCUCCCUCCCACCCCUUCCCUGCCGCAACGCCUCGGAACAGCUGGCUGCGGGUCAUCCGGUGAGAGGGGCCGACCCCUCAACCCGGUCGACUUCUCUGGGUCUGACUCUUCAUGCCACGAGAAGGAGAGGGCCGUCUGCGUGGGUGUGCAGUCCGCCAGUGCCAACCUCUCUGAAGUGGGGGGGGGGCAGUGUUUGGUCCUGGCCAACAGGGCCUUGCUGGAAGGGCCAGAACCGGCCUUUGAGGGCUGCCUGGCUUCUCUUCCUCCCCUUUCCUCCCUCUGGCCUGUGCUUCUUCAGUGCCUCGCAGGGGCUCCCCGGUGCCUUGAGCCAGCAAUAAACAGCGGAGGAUUGGAGAGGAGGAGCAGCUGGCGGGGAUAGGGGUAGAGGGAGCUGCCUUUGGCAAUGGGGCAAGCUGGGGCUGCUGGUCUUCCCCUCAGCCCACUCCCCUGGGUAAACCACACGGACUGUCUGAGCGAAGCAGAAGCCGUCUCGACCCGGGGCUGCAGAGGGAGGCUCAGACCAUCUCCAAGAUGCUUUAGAUCUCUGCUGAAGCCGUGGCUUCCCUCCCAUGACAGCUGCUUCGGGCACUGCAUGCAUGGGGUCAGCCUCUUCAGGAAAGGAGAGCCCCCGAAGGAAGAGGAGCUAGCCAGGCCAGGGGGCUGGCAGUGGAUUCUGCCCCCCCCAUUUGCUUCCUGGCUCUCCGGUCGGGGGGGGGGGACCCAGGGCCAUCGGCGCCUGGCAGAAGGCUUUUGCAAGGAAGCCCUGAGGAAAAAGCACCACUCAGCUAGAUUAUUCAGAAGCUGGCAAGGGAGAGAAUGUGAGCCAAUUUCCCCCCCCCCCCGAGCCCCUUCCUUGGCUGGCCAGUGGUGUCUUUGGGCAGCCUGUAGCUUUCCUCCAGCCGGGCCCUGGGGGAUCCUCGCUCGGGACUCCACAUGCACAUGUCCUCUUUCCCAGCUGGGGCAGCCAGCCUGAUGUUCUGGUCCCCCCCCUCCACCAUCCCUUUGGAAUCGGGAGUGUGCUGCACCGGGGGAGGUCUGCGCCAAAAUCACCCAAAAUCCAGACCUCAGUUGCUCCCAAAGGUGCUUCUUUCUGGUGUUAGAAGCGUCCUUAACGAAGAGGGUGUCUCCGUCCGAUGGUCGCAGGGGCUGCUCCCGGCUGAAGGGCAAGGGGGUCUUGCCUUCCAAAGAGCAGGAGGGGGGCGGACCCUGGCACCAUGUGCCCAGAGUAAGGCACCAUCAGCGCCAGCCCUUCUCUCUCCUCCCUCCAGUUGGCUCCAGAAGGGUCACACACUGCCGUCCGGGAUCACAGCGGGCCUGGGGUCCCCCGCUCCCCUCCUUUGGGGCCUUCCUGUCCCACCGGCGGUUCUGCCCAGAAAACAUUGUUCGGCCGACCGCCGCCUCUCAGUCUGGUGCCUGUCACCCUCCGGCCUUUUCUGCCACCUGGCUGGCAGAACCACAAACCAAAUAGCUGUCUGCCCACCGCCGGCGUGAAUGAGGCCCUUUUGGCUGGCUGGCCUGCCUUUCUGCCUCUCUCUCCCCCCCCACCCCAAAGCCACCAGAAGAAGCCUGUCACCAGAGCACAGGGGAGGAGAGGGGGUUCCACAUGGCGCUGACCCCCCUCCAACCGCUCAAGUCUUUCCAGGGGCAACUCCUCUGCCCUGGAUGCGCCCCCCACCCCCGGGACUACCUCAGGUUUUCAGGCUCAUGGGCUGAACACUUUGGGACAAAAGAGAACCAGGAGAAGCCGGGCGGGGAGGGGGGCAACUCCAUGCAGAAAGCCACGCCAAAGGCCGCUCGUUCUGUCUGGCCAGGGGAUGAUUUUUUCAGCCUUGCUGCUGCUACGACGACGUCCACUUCUCUCAUUUUCUUUGUCUUUGGACCCUUCCCCAAGAGUGAACACGGAGGGAGGGAGGGAGGGUGGGCCAGCAAACCUCCAGUAAGGUUCCCACAAAGGUCAGGGGGAUAUGGGGGAGCCGAUCACCCCCAGCAGGCAGGCAGGCAGGCAUCCAACUCCAACUCCAAGAUAACUUUUAAUUAUUGUAUGAAAUACAAGCGUUUUUCCUCCCCUUUGUAUAAUAUGUCGACUGUGUGUUUCCAGUUUUUAAAUAAAUAAAUAUUUCAACCUAA